AUACUAAAGGGGCAGCACUGUCCGAGGUGGCGCUUUCCAUCCUCACACACAAACAGAAUAGAAGAUCAACUUCCGGACAGGAGUUUUCAAACAACAGUAGCUAGCCAGCUAGCUGAUAAAUAUUUUUGCUCAGGGAAACGGCAAACUUUGCUGAGUUUCAGGUAAGCUUUGCUGUUGGAGGUAUUUUAUGUGUUCAUGCCAUCUUGUGUGUGUUUUAUUGAGAUUUUAUUCAUGAAUUUAUUGGCUAUAUUCUAAGGAAAGCGACUCUUUGGCUAGGAUAGCGUCUGUUUGCUUUGUUUCAUACAUGCAUCGAAGCGGCGCUAAUGCUAAGAGGGUUAAGCUCACCUGCUACAGUUGUAACCGUUUCAACGGUCAGAUCAACAACCAACGUUUCUUAUGGAAUAAGCCUCUUGCUGAUAAGGCGGGACAAAAAUCACAAUAAAUCUUCGUUUUAUCGUAAAGCUAGCGGGCUAGCUAGCCUGUCGUUGACCCAGAGCCAGCGAUGUCAGCGACCUCUAAGAGGAGGAGAGCCACCUCACCCUCCAGCAGCAUCAGCGGCGGAGGAGACCUCGACGAUGCCUCCUCUACACCUGGAAGUGGCAGGAAAAGACGAAGAAUCUUAAAUGUUCCUCCUGUAGAUACGGUAAGAGCACAGUUUUGAUUUAUUGACCCUGUGGUUUAGUAGUUGGACGCAUAUUACACGUGAGUAGAAGACAUAUGGCAUUUAAGACUUGUUUUGAUUUAUUUCCACUAGAUUGCUGUUUGUCAUGAGCUGUUUAACGCCGUAAGGGACCACAAGGAUGAGCAGGGAAGACAACCAAGUGAAUAUUUCAUAAGGGUACCAAAGAGAAGGUAAUGCAGCUUUGAUAAACAUGUACACCAACCAUCACCAACGACUUUGAAGUUGGCACCUUACUCACGAUUCAGCUGUUAUCAGCAAGGUAAUAGAAACUCUAACCUGAUCCAGAAUACACAGUUAAAGGGAUAUUCCAGCCUAAAUUCAAUUUAUGGUCAAACAAACCGUAACACAGAGUUAGACACCCCCUCGAGAAAUGAAUGUUGCAGACUACUUGCUUCUUUAGUUACACCAACUUUAGUAACAACCGCAUGAUAGCAAUAAACAGCGGUCCAUGAAACCACAUACAUACCUCAACCAAAACACCACUCUAUAGCCACUAAUAAUGCUCAGAACAGCACUUAACUUCAUCAACAGUACAUAUAAAGUGUAGCAGCACUGAUGUCAGCACGGGGGGCGAGGUUUUAAAAAUCAACUAUUUAUUAGCCGACUACACAAUAACAGAGAACGGACCAGAGAGAGCAAAACUUGGACUCAGCAUACCAAAGAGGGACAAGCUGAACAUUGAAGAAAGAGAGCGUUACCAAAGCAAAACUGCGGACAUUGCUGGACUAGACCCAUAUGAACACACUGUAUGGUCAGAAGAUGAUUUCAAGAUAACACCACCACUUAACCGAGUGCAUUUAAUGCAGUACCUCAGUACAUAAUAAUUUGUUCAGGGGUGUGUGUGUGUGUGUGUGUGAGAGAGAGAGAGGGGGAGAGAAAGGCAGACGUGUUUGUGUGUGAUCACCUACCACUGUGCGAACAACCGUUUUGUUGUUGACUCUGUGCAUCUGCAGUUUGUGUACCCACCCAGAUGUGAAAAAACGUGGGCCAAGAAAGACUUUUCAUUAUGGAAGGAAUUAAAUGUAUAAUGGCUUGCUCCUUCAAUGAGGUACUGCAUCAAAUGCACUCAUUUAAGUUGUGAUGUCAUCUUGGAAUCAUCUUCUGACCAUACAGUGUGUUCAUAUGGGUCGAGUCCAGCAAUGUCAGCAAUUUUGCUUUGGUAACGCUCUCUUUCUUCAUUGUUCAGCUUGUCCCUGAACGUAUGUUGAGUCCAAAUUUUGCUCUCUCCAUUCCAUUCUCCGUUACUGUGUAGUCAGUACACAAUAACAUCCUAAUUUCAUUCAUUCCAAUGCGCUUAGUGUUGUUAUGUCUGUCAAAAUGGCCGCGCUGGCAUGUCACGCAUCGAGCCCCCCGUGCUGACAUCAGCGCUGCUACACUUUAUAGGGUCCCGGCCAUAGCUCUAGCCACCAAACAUCUUUUUAACUUAGCCUAAUUUCUUAAGCAAAAAGACUUAACACAACUGACCUACUCUCUUCCAGCAGCUGCUUGUUUGUAGCGAGACCUUGGGCCAGUCCAUUACGGACUGCAGUUGCUAUAGAGUGGCGUUUUGGUUGAGCGUGUGGCUCUCUGUAUUGCUAUCCUGCGGUCUAAAGUUGGUAUAACUAGAGGAGCAAGCGGUCGGCAACAUUCAUCCCUCGAUGGGGUGUCUAACUCGGUGUUACGGUGUAUUUGACCCUCACUUAAUUUUACGCUGGAAUAUCCCUUUAAGGCCACUUUUGACCCAUCCAAACCCCCAAUACUCGGCUUUGUUAGAUUUGGUCCAGUUUAUUCUCAGUACUCUACAGACUUGAGCCAAGUCUAGUGGUUUUGGAGCUGGACCUUGUUUUCUAUAAUCUUCCUCAUAACAGAGAUGGUGAAGGCUGUGAAUGAGCGCCAACUUCAUUGUCAUUCACUGUAAACUGUUCUCUUGUAAUAAUCAAGUGUAUGUCGGUGAGUCUAGUUGGACGGAUUAUUUAGACAUUUGUUGUUGUUGUUUCCAGGAAUGUGCCUGACUAUUAUGAAGUGGUGUCCCAGCCAAUUGAUAUGUCAAAAAUUCAGUAUAAACUGAAGUCAGAAGAUUAUAAUGAUGUGGAGCAGCUCACUUCAGACUUCCAGCUCAUGUUCAACAACGCCAAAUCCUUUUACAAGGUAGGUAGAGUACAACGCACGGAUGUAUCUCUGUCACUGAUUGGAUGGUCUUUUUCAAAAUUCAUUAUCUGUUUGAAGAAGAAGAAUUUAAUUCAUCCCCAAAGGAUUGAAUUUUAGGGAUAUUGAAUUUCCCAUUGGGGAGAAAUAAAGUUCUUCUUUGUAGAGCUCUGUGUCCCCCAUGCUAAUUCUAUAUUUCCUUUACAUGUCCAUUUAUUCAGAGUGACAGCGAGGAGUACCAAGCUGCGUGUAAGCUUUGGGAGGUGUAUUUGCAAACAAGGACUGAGUUUGUUCAACCUGGGGAUGGAGAUGAAGAUGAUGAAGAUGGUGAUGACAUGAUGGAUAAUCCAGGCAUGUCAACCGAAGAUGAGGUAAUUUUAUCUUUCAAAUACACAAUGGCUACGUUCAUACUGCAGGUUAUGAUGCACAAUUCAGAUCUUUUUGUGCGGUCGUUCACAUUACAACAACGAAUGCAGCAUCUGAUGUGAAAGGAAUGCGUCCGUGAAGUGACCCGCAUGCGCACAAAGCACAAAUUGCUUUCCGCGCCCGUUUGUGUUGUUGAACAAUGGUGACGUUUGUCGCAUAUUGAUGACAUAUAGGUCGGAUGAACGCGACCUGAGCGUCCACACUGCAGUCACAUUGGAUACAUAUCUGAUUUAUAUCCGCAUACAAAAGAGGCCUGAGUCGGAUUUGAAAAAAUCAGAAUUGCACUGUUGACACUUACAUGGAAAAAUCAGAUAUGUGUCACAUAUGGUUAAAAAAUCGUAAUUGACCUGCAGUGUGAACAUAGCCAUUGAGUCACCAUUCCUGGGUUUAUAAUUCUGUGAUAAACAACGUGCUGUGGAAUGACACACGAGUUUUCAUGUUUCUGUGCAUGGCAUAUGUUUUCAUACAUAAUAGAUACAUGGAUUCGUUUUUGUAGCGCAAACAGAAGAACUUAUUUCUGCACAUUGCUGUUUUAGACCUCAAGUGGCAGUUUGAAGGAGGUGUUGGAGCAGCUCUUGGAGGCUGUGGUGUCACACGCUGAUCCCUCAGGGCGUCUGGUCAGUGAACUGUUCCAGAAAUUGCCUUCCAAAGUGGUGAGUAUUUAAAGAGUAUGAACGUUCAAUGGUUUUCCUUGAAUUAAAAAACAUGUUUGACAUUUACUCUCCCUUCUGUCUUCCCAGCAUUACCCAGACUACUAUGCCAUUAUAAAGGAGCCAAUAGAUCUGAGGACUAUUGCUCAGAGGAUACAGGUAUUAAAAAUAACCAACAUGUUGCGUGAUUGUGCAUUAUUCCACCAGAAAACAAGAGGUCCCACACUGUGAUAAUGUUUUCAUUCAAUUAACACUAAUUUGUUCAAUUUUACAGAUUGGGUACUACAAGAGUGUCAAUGCCAUGGCUAAGGAUGUCGACUUGAUGGCCAAAAAUGCCAAAACAUACAAUGAACCAGGAUCUCAGGUUUUUAAGGUAAACUGCCUUUCAUUUCUUUUUGUGUUUUGUGGGUGUGAAAUGUAACAUCCUGAAUCUUAACAGCUGUUUUGUUGUUGUUGUUGUUUAGGAUGCUAACACCAUAAAGAAAGUCUUCAUUCAGCGGAAGACUGAACUUGAACAUGCUGAACCAACUAAGUCUAGUCUUCGGAUCAGGUAUUGGCAGACUCAAAGCAAUGGGUGUCUACAAAAAUAACGUUUGGGAAAAGAAAACAGCUCCUGUAGUUGUUGAAAAAUGAGUAAUUAUUCUAUAACAGUAUCAAAUAUUUAUUUGAGGCCUACAUCACGAAUCUUUAAACUGUUACUAUUCAGGAAUCGCAGGUCAGGCCAAGGGGAUCGACUCUCAGGAGUCAGCGUGGCUCUUCACUACGGCUCAGAGAGCGAGGAUGACCCCGUGCUAUCUGGUUCGUACAAACUCUUAAUCCUGCAGAUAUUUACUUCAAACAUGUAAUUUUUUGUUGAAACGUUAACCACCCAAAACGCUCGCAGGCUCGGUGUGCUAUGACGAAGGGGAGUCUGAAGCUGAGAGUCAGAGUUCCAGUAUGGAGAUGAGUAACCCCAUCUUCCAGCUGUAUGAAGCUGUUAGGGGGGCCAGGAACAACCAGGGUCAGGUCUUCUCUGAACCGUUCCAGCAGCUGCCCUCCCGCAGAGAAUACCCUGACUAUUAUCAGCAGAUCAAACAGCCCAUCUCCUUGCAGCAGAUCAGGUAAGGAAGGAGCACUUAAAGGAUUUUUGUGUUUUGAUUCACCUUUUGUACGCAACAAAUUCCAAGCCCUUGAGUGUAUUUUUUUCAGGGCUAAGAUGAAAAACGGCGAGUAUGAAAGUGUGGAGCAGAUGGAUGCGGACCUCAAUUUAAUGUUUGAGAAUGCAAAGCGCUACAACAUGCCUAACUCAAGUAUCUACAAGCGGGCUUUCAGGCUUCAGCAGAUCAUGCAGGUACAGACAUCAGCGCUUUACGUUUGUAAAGUGUUUUUACUCUCACAGAAAGAGUCCAGUGAAGAAGAUCCACUCCUGAUGUUUUUUUUUUCUGUCUGUACAGGCAAAAAAGAGGGAACUUCUGAGGAGGGAUGAUGAGGAUGGAGACAGCAUUCUGUCAUCUGACACAGGAAGCAUUAAAAAGAAAAGGUAAACAGGUUUUCUCCACUUCUCCCUCUGAUAAACAAGAAAAACACACAAAUUUCCUUCUUACACCAUAAUUAGACACUCAUUUACGUUGAACCUUUGCAUCAAUGCUUUUUUCCCCCACCUGGUUAUUUUUAGCCACAAAAAAAAUGUGAAAAAGAACAGAAUGAAGGCCUUAUAUGCUGCAGUGAUUGAGGCUAGAGAGGCAGGCACCACUCGCCGUCUGUGUGAUCUGUUCAUGGUCAAACCGUCCAAAAAAGACUACCCCGACUACUACAAAGUCAUCCUCGAGCCAAUGGACCUGAAGACUAUCGAGCACAACAUCCGCAACGAGCGCUACACCACAGAAGAAGCCCUGAUGGAGGACAUGAAGCUGAUGUUCCGUAAUGCACGGCAUUACAACGAGGAAGGAUCUCAGGUAAGCAGAGCAGAAACAACAACACAUCUAAGGCAUAUAUGCUGUUACUGAGCACAAAAAUUUUUGAUGAGCUUUAUUUUGCUGAUGAUUCUGGCGGUUUACUCUAGGUGUACAAUGAUGCCGAUAUUCUGGAGAAGGUACUGAAAGAUAAGCGCAAAGAGCUCGGACCUCCGCCUGAAGAAGAAGACGUGGGAUCUCCCAAACUGAAGCUGAGUGAGUGUGAUCCACUCUAGUGGAUGUACUUCAAAUCAGAUACACUUUGCAUUAGGGGUGUCCCGGUAAAACUUUUUUACCUCUGAUAUGAUAAAGAUAUUAUAGCCUUCAAUAUUGGCUGAUACCGAUAUUGAUCCGAUAUUGGCACAAACUUGUGCAUGACCAGUUUUGCACUCAGCUGCAACGUCUUUUUCGGACCUAAAUGAAAAAUACUGCCACAUGGCCGACAUCACUCUUAUUCUUUGCUACUUUGUUAGUAUCUUAGUACACACUGAUGUUGUGAUCAUGUGGGCUCUGCAUGCUGGAUGUGGGCGCUGCUAGAUAGAGGGUCUGGAGCGGAGUCUGGAAUGGACUGCUUGUAUCAGAGUGCUGAUAUCGCAGAUUUUAGAUGCAGGCCGAUAUAAUCCGAUAUUCGAUUUUUCGCUGAUAUCGGACCGAUAUCUAUAUCCUAUCGGGACACCCCUACUUUGCAUUACUGCAUAAAAUCAUACCAUUUUUGACAGGUGCUAUUGGAGUUAAGUAUGGAGUUCACAUUAUCUGCAGAGGCCUCAAAUGACCUAAUAAUAGACUAUAACACAGGGUUAAUACGCAAGUAUGGAAAUAAAUUUGAUCAAUUUCAGGGUCUUAAAAAGUAUGAAAGGUGAAAAAUAAAGUAUGGAAAAUAAUUAUGUUUCUGGAACUAUUACCACAGUUCUAAAAUACUGUUUUCUAAGAUAUAAAGGAGGUAUUUCUAAAAAUAAUUCUAAAAAGUUGGGUAUGGAAAAGUAUGUAAAUUCCAACUGAGUAGGAACCCUGAUGACAGCAAGGGGCAUAAUUGGUAAUGAUAAGACUUUUGUAACCCAGCUCAUUGAAUGAGUAAAUCUUCCCUCACAAAAGCUGUUUUUACAGCUACAAUAUUGUUCCCAAGAAAGAAAAAUAAACUCUUAUUUUUGCCACGUCAACCUUUCAGGGUCUCAGUAAUCUCUACUUUCACACUGACCUUCAGCCCUGCACAAAGAAAUUAGAAGUAAAACGGUUAGAUAAGACUCUUAAGACUCUUGGUUUUUAAACUCGAUUGUUACUAUCUUGAUGUUAUUUUUCUCAUUUAGGGAAAAGCGGUGUUUCUCCAAAGAAGUCCAAAUACCUCACCCCUCUCCAGCAGAGGUUAAACGAGCUCUACGAUGCUGUGCGAAACUUCACUGACCGCCGAGGUCGAAAACUCAGCACAAUCUUCCUCCGGCUGCCGUCUCGCGCCGAGCUGCCAGACUACUACGCUACCAUCAAGAAACCCAUCGAUAUGGAGCGCAUUCGAAGCCAUAUGGCGGCCAGCCGCUACCAAGACGUGGAGGCCCUGGUGGAGGACUUUGCUCUCAUGUUCAACAACGCCUGCAUGUACAACGAGCCGGAGUCUCUCAUCUACAGGGACGCUCUUGUGCUGCACCGAGUGCUGCUGGAAACUCGUAAGCAGCAGGAGGGAGGAGAGGACUCCGGGCCCCCCAGUGUCGGACCUCUGGUGCGAGAGCUGAUCAGGAACCUGUUUGUGUCCGUGCUGGGUCACCAGGAUGAAGAGGGACGAUGUUACAGCGACUCGCUGGCUGAGAUUCCCGCUGUCGAUCCAGCCGCCCCUGAGAAACCUCCUCUGAACUUUGAUGUUGUCCGGGUGAACGUGGAUCGUGGUCGUUACAGGAGACUGGACGUCUUCCAGGAACACAUGUUUGAAGUGCUGGAGAAAGCCCGGAGACUGCACAGGUACAGACACGUAUUUAGUCUCGUUCACUCCUUAUUACAAAAUGAUUUCUACAAGAACAAGAUUGAUGUUGAUUGUAAUUGAUUUUACUCUACAUUACGCUACAUUAACAAAAAAAAAAAAAAAAACACUGAGAUGUCUAGUUGAUGGGUUGAAUAAUUUUGUAAUUUACAUCAAACAGCUGUAAUGAAGCUUUAUUAUUUUUUUUCAGUGGUUAGUAACUGUUUUAGUUUUUGCAGGACUGACUCUGAGAUAUUCGAGGACGCCGUAGAGCUUCAACAGUUUUUCAUUAAGAUCAGGGAUGAGCUAUGCAAGAACGGAGAGAUACUGCUCUCCUCUGCACUCAACUACACAUUAAAACACCUGCACAGCGACGUGGACCAGGAGAAGAGGGAGAAAAUCCCAAAGGAGAUCGAGGAAGACAGGAAGAAAGAAGAAGAGGAGGAGGAGGAGGAAGAGGGAGGCAAAGGUUUGUGUUUGUGAAAUAUUAGAUGUGAAUAAAAAACUCCCAAUGAUUUGGAAUUAAUUCAAGAUAAAUGUUUAUUUUGAAGAGGGUAAGAAAGCAGCAGAUCAACCCGGAGAAGUAUGGCAGCCAGAGUCGGAGGCGCAGCGUGUGUACAGUCAGGACUGCAGCUUUGACAACAUCACCUACUAUGUGGGCGAGUUUGUCUAUGUGGAGCCAUCAGAGCCCAACCUGAAGCCACACAUCGUCUGUAUCGAGCGUCUAUGGGAGGAUGAAGCAGGUGACGCCCAAUAUUCCGAAAAAUAUCUGUUGGUUUCCAGCAGUUUAUGUCAGUUUACGUAGUUUUAUUAAUAACAUGUUCCUGUAUUAAACAUAUCUUUGUAUGUGCUUUGCUUUGCUUGUGUGUGAAGGUGAGAAGUGGCUCUACGGCUGUUGGUUCUACAGACCAAGUGAAACUUUCCACCUGGCAACACGCAAGUUUCUGGAGAAGGAGGUCUUCAAGAGCGACUACUACAACAGGGUGUCAAUCAGUAAAGUUCUAGGGAAAUGUAUGGUCAUGUUUGUGAAGGUAAGACCCCCCCCCCACAGAGCUGAAACCUCACAGAAAUAUCAGCGUCACUUCAUUUGUCACCUUGACCUGCUCACCUAAUCGUGGCUCUGUCUCACUGCCGAUCGUAGGAUUACUUCAAGAUGCAACCUGAAGGCUUCAGAGCUGAGGACGUGUACAUCUGCGAAUCUCGCUACACCGCCAAGGCCAAGUCCUUCAAGAAGAUAAAAAUCUGGGCGAUGCCCGCUAGCUCUGUAAAACUGGUCCCCCGGGAUGUGCCGCUGCCUGUUGUCCGAGUUGCUUCCAUGUUUGCCAGGCCUGACCUGGACAAAACGACAUUUUCAUACACAGGGGGUGGCAGCUUUGUGGACAAGGUGAGCUGAUUUGAUUUCAGUGUUAGAGUGUUGCCCUGAAUGACAAUUUCCUAAAGAUCUCUGAAGUUUUAGCGUAAUUAUUUGGCCCAGACUUCAGGGAGUUCAUUUACUUUACAGAGCGGUAGCAUGCGUGUCCUUACAAGGAGUCAGAGGAGUACAUGGUAGUACUGCUGUGGUAUUUACAAACACUGGAGUCCUUUUCGUGUGUGUUUUUGUUUGUUUAGGAGAGAGAGGAUGUCCCUAUGGAAAUGAGCGGAGCUGAGCCCGACUGUCAACACUACGAACAGUUAAGCUUCAACAACAUGUGGUUCAAAGUAGGAGACUGUGUUUACAUCCAGUCACACGGUCUGUCAAAGCCAAGGGUCGCCAGGUGGGUCAUUUUUAAUGUCUGUCACUAAAACGUGAUCCAUUUCAAUAUCAGCGCACUAUAGUUACCAACCACUCUGUAUCAUGGCUGUUUUUUUAACUGGGCUGCAGGAUCGAGAAGCUGUGGAUGCAGAAUGGAGCUACUUUCUUCUUUGGACCCGUCUUCAUUCAUCCAGAGGAAACGGAGCACGAACCUACAAAGAUGUUCUACAAGAGAGAAGUGUUUCUGAGCCAUCUAGAGGAGACUUUACCCAUGACGUGUGUCAUAGGUAUGACUUUGAAAACUACCCAGAACAAAGAGACGGAUUGGAUUUAUAGAAAAUUAGCUUAUUAGAUUAGAUGAGUGAAUUUAGACCAUUCUUCUUUUUUUCUUCUUAAGUAUUUUUUGGGGGCUUUUUUGCCUUUUAUUGAUAGGAUAGGGUGAAAUGUGGAGAGACAGAGAGAGAGGGUGGAGGACAUGCAGCACAUGGUCGGGGCCGGACUCAAGCCUGCGACCGCUGCGGGGAGGGUGGUCCUCAUACAUGGGGCGCGCUAACCCGCUCAGCUAUCUGCAGGCCUCAAAUUUAGAUAAUUCUUUUACGUAUUUUUUUGGUGACUUUUAGCCUUUAUUGACAGGACAGGGUGAAAUGUGUGGAGACAGAGAGAGAGGGUGGAGGACAUGCAGCACAUGUUCGGGGCCGCACUCGAACCCGCGACUGCUGCGCACCCCAUUUAGACCAUUCUUGCUUUUCCAUUAAGCUGGAACAUUAAUGACAAACUGUGAAAACAGACCAUUGUUAAAAGUACAGUUAUGAUGUGAGGUUUUGCGAUCUGGUUCAGUCACUUAAACUGGUAUAAUUUCAUUCUUCUGUUCUAUAAAAUCAACUCUAUAAUUCUUCCUUUCUGCUCUCCAGGCAAAUGUAUGGUGUCAUCCUUUAAGGACUUCCUGUCAUGCAGACCCACUGAGGUUUCUGAAGAUGACAUCCUGCUGUGCGAGAGCCGCUACAUCGACACUGAGAAGCAGAUGAAAAAGUUUAAGGGUCUGAAACGCUUUUCUUACUCGCCCAAAGUGGUGGAGGAUGAAAUCUUCUACUUCAGGUUUGCCAGCUGAUCGGAGCAAUCGUUACAACUCAGAGCUACACUUUUCUAUUUUUUCCCUGUUUUGGUUUUUGGUUAUCUAAUACCUGCUUUAUCUUGGUGCAGAAAACUGAUGGUGCCACAGAAGGAGGCGUCACCAUUUUUGGACAAGAAGAUAGAUGAGCUGGAAUUAAAACUGGCAGAUCUGGAGGAUGCAGAGGAUGAUAUGGAAGAUAUGGACGACGAGGAGGAGGCACCAGCAACGCCUUCUAUGCCUCAGAUGCAAACCCCACACACCAAUGAGGACAGCAUGCCAUACACGCCUUCCCAGGUAAUCCAAAAACCUUUACCUGAAGACUUGUACCCCCCUUCUAUUAAGAUCAAAACAACGCAUAACAUAUUAUGAAUGUGUCCUUCUGUAGUCUACUCCUAAGGUGAAGGGCUUAUCGAAAAAAGAAGGAGCCAAGAGGAAGAUGAACAUGAGCGGCUACAUCUUGUUCAGCAGUGAAAUGCGAGCUGUCAUCAAAGCGCGACACCCAGACUACUCUUUCGGGGAGCUGAGUCGACUCGUGGGCACCGAGUGGAGGAACUUGGAGGGUUCCAAGAAAGCGGAGUAUGAAGGUGAGUCAAGGCCAAUUGAAAUGAGAAUAGAUGAGGCUGUCUUGGUAUCCAGAGGGGAAAUAUGGUUGUUUCAGCAACACAGAUAUAAUCAGCAAGUAAGAGCAGAGAAGAUUUGAAUGCAACAAUAAUAAAUAACAAUAAAAGAUGGAAAACACAUAGAAUAAGGAGUAAAUGGGAUAAAUUGACAUGGCAUGGUACUAAAAAUAUGAAAUGACUUGGUAUGAUGAUAAAUAAAUACACCCCAGGGUGAUGUAAAAACUUUGAUAUGAUGUUAGUGUGUGUCUCUGAGGUAAAGACAGAACCUUCAUUUGUUUUUUUGUUUGUUUUCAGAGCGCGCAGCCAAAAUCGUGGAGCAACAAGAUCGAGAGAGACCACCCCAGAAGCAAGCGUCCCCUAGAGCAGGUACCCCGAUAGGGGCACUGAUGGGGGUGGUGCCUUCGCCUAGCACUAUGGGAAUGAUAAACCAGACCAUGACACCUGUGUCAGGUAACCCCUCUCAGAGGCAGCACGAGUGUUUGACAGCAAGGCAGCAGGGAAUUCAGGCUGGACUGUUAAAAAACCGUAAUCCUCUUAAUUUCCUAACCAUGUUCGGAGCUACAUUCCUGAAGCAAGAUUUUUUUUUCUUCUUUUGCUGCUGUUUCAUGUUAUUUUAUGUUUUAAUAUUUAUUUUUUAUCAUUAGCUCAUAUCUGGAAUUGCAUGAAUGUAGCUGCAUGAUUUAUUUUCAACCAUGAAUAACCUUUAUCAUUUCAUGUUUCUGUUUGCUUAUUAUGCCUGCUAACAUAACAGACCAUUUAUAUUGUCAGCCCCUUUCACACAUUGAGCUUUUAACAUCUCAAGUUUCCACCACUUCAAAUUAAACUCAAGUCUUCUUUCUUAUUUUGUGAUCCUUUUCCCAACUUUCCUUUUUCAGCUCUGCUCAAAAAUGAAAGUUUGAAAAGUGCACCACAGGUGAUAAUAUUUGUUAAAAAAAAACAAAAAGCUUCAAGAUCAAUUUCGAUGAUUAAGCAUCAUACAACUUAAAAAUAAAUUAAACUAUGAGCUUGAUGGUCAUGUUAAAAUUAAAAGUUGAUAAAGACGGCAAACCUUGCCAGAGCUCUCCUGGCUGAAGGUGCACGUGUGAAAGGGGCUACUGUGUGCAGCAGUAGUGCACGUUACUGUAGAGUCAGCUGCAUGUCACUUAUGCAUGGAUGUGUUGUUGUCCUCUCCUCGCCCUCUCCCCCAAGGCAUGAUGGGAGCUUACGGCCCACCUUACAUGCCCAUGCAGGGCCCCCAUGAGGGCUUGUUGAGUGUGGCCCCGAUGCCACCUCACCCUGCAGGGGGGCUCCACCUGCCUCCUCACCAUCUCCAGCAAGGUAUGCCCGGGUACCCUGGCAUGCCUCAUCAGGGUAAGGGCCACUGUCCCAGCCACACCUGCUCAGUCACACCCAGUCGUGUCUCUCCUGCCGGAGGGGUUUACCUGGUCCACAGGCUGUGCAGCCUGAUUUAUUCACUGAGCAGUCAGAGCUCCUCUUUUCUAAGUGUACUCACAUGUCACACCUCCAACAUACUGCAUCCAUAUACACGGUCAUAGAUAUAGUGCAUGUCAAAACAAAACAAACUAACUAACAUUCAACUGAUAUACAAGAGCUAACAAUUUCUCAAGUCAUGAUAUAAAAUUUUUGUACUUAUUUUUAAAUGAACAACUGAAUUUGGAAGUACAAUGAAAGAAACAAAAUAAUGCCAUUUAACAGGUAUGAUGGGUCCUGGGAUGAAUGGCAUGGCAGGAAGUCCUGCACAAGGAAACUACAUGCAGCAGGUGAGAACUGUCCCAGAAAUUCUACCAUAACUUGAUUUAUUUCAACUUGUAGGCCACUAUGUUGCAGGAUAAUUUCUAGUACACACAACAUCCUUUAUUACCAUACAUUACAUUUUAUUGAUCUUAUUUAACACUGUAUGUUGGUCACCCUCUGAAAUACAGUAUGUGUUGUUAUCUUAAAUUUUAGCCUGGGAUGUUCAGCCCAGGACCACAUGCUCCUCCACCGUAUCCAGGACAGGGCCAGCCCUCACACCUGCAGCCGACUACUCCCAUGUUUGUUGCACCACCACCAAAGACCCAGAGGGUGCUCCACUCCGAGGCCUACCUGAAGUACAUUGAGGGCUUAAAUUCAGAGUCCUGCACCAUCAGCAAAUGGGACCAAACUCUCAGAGGUGGGGGCGGGGUCAUUAAAUGGUAUUUUCAUUUUCUGCAUGUGUUGAAGAAAACCACUGAUACCCCACAUAUGAACUGAUUAGAUUGCAAGUGUGCCUCAUAAAUUUCUCUUCAAAAAUUCACAGUUAAUAAAAAUAAACAUCCUUUUUAUUCCAUAACAGCUCAAAGGCGUGACGCUCACCUGACCAAAGAGCAGGAGAGCCGGCUGCCAGCUCAUUGGCUGAAAAGUAAAGGAGCCCACACCACUAUGGCUGACGCGCUAUGGCGCCUGCGUGACCUGAUGUUGAGGGACUCUCUGAACAUCUGUCAGGCACACAACCUGUGACUUAUCGGACACUUACCACAAUAACCAGCUCACUCACUGCUCUUAUCCUCAAGCUACAGAGCUUUAGGGAGAAUUCUAGACCAUAGAAGCAAUAUUUUAUAGUGAAUCAUGAUUAAUUUUAUAUUUAUUAGCCUGAAAUAAUGAGCUUGAUAGUUAAUGUGUGCGCAUUUCAUUUUUUUUACAGACUUCAUCAAUUGUGCUGCAAAAACUGUGAUUUUUGGCUUACAGAUACUACAAAAUAAAAUUCGGAACACAA